AUGUCUUUCCGUGGCCGUGGAUCCGCCACCGGUGCGAACCGGGGCGGUUUUGGUAACCGUGGUGGUGGUCGCGGCGGUUUCCAGCAAUCUUUCGGCCCUCCGGCCCAGGUUCUGGAGAUGGGAACUGUGAUGCACGCUUGCGAGGGUGAGAUGGUCUGCGAGUCCAUCAACCCCAAGGUUCCUUACUUCAACGCCCCGAUCUACCUUGAGAACAAGACUCCCAUUGGUAAGGUCGACGAGGUUCUGGGCCCCAUCAACCAGGUGUACUUCACCGUCAAGCCCCAGGACGGAAUUGUCGCAACCUCGUUCAAGCCCGGUGACAAGGUCUACAUCGGUGGCGACAAGCUGCUUCCCCUCGAGAAGUUCCUUCCCAAGCCCAAGGCUCCUCCAGGUGCCAAGCCCAAGCGCCUUGGUGGUGCCCGCGGUGGUGCUCCCCGUGGUCGUGGUGGUUUCGGCGGCGGUCGCGGCGGUAGCUUCGGCGGCCGUGGUGGUGGCCGUGGUGGCAGCUUCGGUGGCCGCGGUGGUGGUAGCUUCGGUGGUCGCGGUGGUGGCAGCUUCGGUGGCCGUGGCGGUGGUCGCGGAGGUGGCUUCGGUGGUUCCGGUGGUUUCUCCCGUGGUGGUGGUGGCCGUGGUGGUCCCCGGUGGUGGUGGUGGCUUCCGUGGUAG